AUGGGACAAAUCUGUGAAAUUUUGAAAAAUAAACUGCUUUUAAUUCAAGAUGAUGUUAAAGGUAUACCUGACUUUUGGCUAACAACCUUCAAAAAUGUUGAAAUAAUAGCAGAAAUGAUUCAGGAGCACGAUGAGCCUAUCCUUAAAAAUCUAAUGGAUGUUAAGGUGAAACUUUCACAGUCAAAUCCAAUGGGUUUUACCUUAGAGUUCCAUUUUAAGCCGAAUGAAUAUUUUAACAAUUCAGUUCUAACAAAAGAAUAUGAGAUGAGAUGUAUGCCAGAAGAUGAUGACCCAUUCUCAUUUGAAGGACCUGAAAUUAUUAAAUGCAAAGGGUGUACGAUUGAUUGGAAAAAGGGAAAGAACGUGACAAUGAAGGCUAUAAAGAAAAAACAGAAACACAAGUCACGGGGUUCUGUCAGAACAGUCACUAAGACAGUACAGAAUGAUUCUUUCUUUAACUUCUUCAACCCACCUAUAGUUCCUGCAGAUGAAGAGCAGAUGGAUGAAGAUACUCAAGUUCUAUUAGCAGCAGAUUUUGAAAUUGGACAUUUCAUUAGAGAGAGAAUUGUCCCGAAGGGUAUUCUUUACUUUACUGGAGAGGCCUUACAAGAUGCAGAUUUUGAUGAAGAAGAGGAAGGUGAAGAGGAGGAGGAUGAAGAUGAAGAGAAAGAUGAUGAUGAUGAUGAAGAUGAUCCUGAUUAUAAUCCUCAGACUGACAGAGCAUCAAAGAGGCGUCAAGAACAACCACCAGAAUGUAAACAACAAUAGAAUUUCCAGCAAAUUGGACUAAUAUCUUAGUUGUUCUUUUGCCUGGAGCUAGGAUGAUGCUUUUUACCGUUUGUUAGUAGUUUAAUGAAUGAAACGCAUAUAUAUUGGAUACAAUGAAGAGGUAUCACUUAGGCUUGGUUUCAGAUGUCUUAUUAAUACAGUAUCCUUUAUCCACAACCUUCUGUUGUUUUCCAUUGAGCAGUGGAUGCUAAGUGAGAGAACAGUAGAGUGUUGCAGGUAAAGGAUACUUUAUUAACUAGACAUUUGGAACCAAUCCUAAGUGAUAUCUCUUCAUUCUUUCUGAUAUUCUUAAAUUUGUUGGUAUUCUUUGAAUUCCAAUUAGGAAAUAAUCUAUACAGUAGAGAUGUUUAUUAAUCAAAUCAUGCCGUUUAAGCAUGUCCAAGUUCCAGGUUGCUUUUCAAGUUAUUUUACAUGUUACUCUUUUGUGUGCUAGAACUUAAGAUAUCCAUUUUUUCUCAACUCAAUAAAGUUAUUAGCAGUCUUCUUCCAGUUCAUGUACAUUGUUCUCAUAUCAGGAGUCCCUUUGUGAAAUAUGGGAUCUCAGCAUGCUCCAGAGUUUUGGGACACUUCGCUGUUCUUGUGCAUAUUUUUAUAACCUGGUUUUCUUAUACUUCAACAGCCUGAAAUAAAAAUGGAUCUCUGUA